UAGCAGUGGAGAGAGAGAGAGGUCCAUGCAAACGGAGCAAAGUAGAAGGAUGCAGCACUUUUUGAUCUUUGUGAUGGCUACCUGGGGUGCAGGACUCUUCUGCUCUUCAGUUGAUGCUUUCCAAAGGAUCCCACUAAAGAAAAUGCCCUCAAUCCGUCAGAGCUUGCAGGAGAUGGGUGUGAAAGUGUCAGAUGUCUUCCCUGCCCUGAAGCAGAAUAAAUACGCCGGUGCCGCAGGCCCUCAGAACGGGACAGCCCCCACCAUCCUCACCAACUAUCUGGAUACCCAGUACUUUGGCGAGAUCAGCAUUGGCACACCAGCGCAGACCUUCAAAGUGGUCUUUGACACGGGCUCAGCCAACCUUUGGGUGCCUUCCUACAGAUGCUCUCCACUCUACAGCGCUUGCGUGUCUCACAACCGCUACGACUCUUCCAAAUCACGCACGUACCUGGAGAACGGAACGGGCUUUGCUAUCCAGUAUGGAUCAGGAAGCGUGAAAGGCUUCCUCAGCCAGGACGUCGUCAUGGUGGCUGAUAUCCCCAUCAUCCAAGUCUUUGCUGAAGCCACGGCGCUGCCUGCCUUCCCCUUCAUCUUUGCCAGGUUUGAUGGGGUGCUAGGCAUGGGGUACCCCAGCCAGGCCAUCGAUGGCAUCACCCCAGUGUUUGACCGGAUCCUCUCCCAGCAGGUCCUGAAGGAGGAUGUGUUCUCCGUCUAUUACAGUAGGAACUCUCUUCUGAAACCCGGAGGGGAAAUUAUCCUUGGAGGAAGUGAUCCAGCCUACUACACCGGGGAUUUCCACUACCUGAAUGUCAACAAGAACGGCUACUGGCAGAUCAGCAUGAAGGGGGUGUCUGUCGGUGCUGAAACGUUGUUCUGCAAAGAAGGUUGUUUGGUGGCCAUCGACACGGGGGCUUCUUACAUCACCGGCCCAGCAGGCUCCAUAGCCGUGCUGAUGAAAGCCAUCCAGGCAACGGAGCUGGCGGAAGGAGGGUAUAUCGUUGACUGUGACAAAGUCCACCUGCUGCCCAAUAUCUCCUUCCACCUUGGUGGAAAGGUCUACGCACUCAGUGGCUCGGCCUACGUCCUCCGGCAAUCCCAAUAUGGAGAGGACAUCUGCAUUGUGGCAUUCGCAGGUCUGGACAUCCCUCCUCCAACCGGUCCCCUCUGGAUCCUGGGAGCCAGCUUCAUCGGGCAAUACUACACCGAAUUCGACCGGCGAAGCAACCGGAUCGGCUUCGCCACCUCCCUCUGACAGCAGGAGUGGGGGAGCGGGGUGGGGGGAGAGGAAAGAGGGUAUCGGUUUGGAGAAGAAACACAAAACUGCCAAGGAGAAGCAUUUUAAACUGUGAAAGAGAAUAGCUUAGCGGAGUAGUUCCUUAAAGGCACACAAAACACAUCCUGUCUAUAUUUAAGUAAAACCCCCUUAUUAGUCCACUUUGAAAAUCAAUGCUACACUUCAGUGAUAGGCCUCAGAAUUAACCCUCUUUGCUCCAGAACUCCUCCACUCCACUGUCCCCAUCACGCAGGCACUGAUCUCCUCUUCCCCAGGGACUGGGUCUCAGCACUUGCAACUUUUAUUUUUCCAAACUGUUCUGAGCCUCCUUUUGCCACAGCUGGACUUACUGCUACAUUCCUCCCUAUGAGUCAGCUGAGAGAGACACUUGCCCACAGGCCAGAAUUUUCUAAGGGUGUAAUACGGUAUAUUUGGGUGAAUUUGACCUCUACCUAGGUGCCUAAAUGAGAGCUCAGAACUUUAGAAGAUCUGGCCCUAAUUGGGCGUACCAAGUGCUUGGAAAUUGGGCCAUGAGCUCUUCUGAAAAAGUAGGACCUUAUUGGCUCAGUGAUAAGAAUGUUUUGGAAAGGUGACCUACAAAAAAAAUCUAUUUUUAAUAUAAAACCAAGGUGGUGUUUUUAAAGGGGAUAUUUCCUCCCGUCCCCCGCCCCAGGUUGUUUAUUUACAUUAGCAUUUCAGAUUUUCUCUCCCCUGAGAGACCAUAUGGAUGACUGGAGAACAGGUAGGAAUAUGACAUCAGACUCCAGGAAACUGAAACCUGAUUGAUCCAUAGUUUUGUUUGUUUCUUUGUUGUUGUUUUUUUUAAGGCCAGAAGAGAUCUUUGUGAUCUGACCUCCUGCAUAACACAGGCCAGAGAAUUUCCCAGAAAUUCCUCCCAAAUCUGAGAAUUUGAGCAGAGAAUAUGUUUUUAGAAAGAGACAUCCAAUCUUAAUCGGGAGGCUAGGUGAUUUUUUUUCAUUCCAGAUGCCUCAGAAUGCAUUUUUGUUGCUUUUGCUCCUUUUUUGUUCAUGCCUAGUGCAGAUGUUUGAGAGAGAAGCUCUUUUUGUUCAUGAGGAGGAAGGGGCAGUAAACCCUUAAGGCAGAAAGAUGCUCAGAUGGUUGUGAGCACUGCCACAUAGACAGUGCUGCAGAUGACACCUCUCUCUUCCAUAGUCUCCCCUUCCAUUUGCCAUCACAUAACAGCCCUGUGGCGAUUGCUGAGAUGGAAGAGCGAUAACCGGAAAGGCUUAAAUAGAUUUUUAGCUGGCUGCUGAUGCAAUUUAGCAGGGGAAAUGAGGCGGAGGAGCUGGCACCAUAAAUCAGCCAGCUCUCCAUAAACCACCAGCAAGUCUCCUGUGGACCAACAGCGGUUCAUCUACCACAGUUUGAGAACCUCUGAAUUAAGGGCUAGGAAAGCACCCAUCCCAGAACCCCUCUGACAAAACCAAAUAGAACCAGACUCUGCAUUCCUGAAAUGUUACCUUGAAAAUAUCAAACGAAUGAAAAAAAGCUUUUAAAAGAAAAAUCUUUCAAGCUUCCUUUUUCCAACCUAAAAAACGGGCAAAAGCUCAUUUUAUUCCCCCUUAGUGGGUCACGUUUAGUAUGCUGAUGCUUAACAGCACUGCCAGGAUUAAAGGAAAGACCUCUGUGAAAUACACACUUGAAGCUGCACUUCUCAGAUUGGUGCAUGGAUCUCUGGAAGUGCUUGCAGGAUUCCAAAAAGUUUGAAUCUUAAAACCCAGCAGGCCCUGGAAAUCAGGUGUAAGGUUGGAGGCCUCUCUUCCCCCUGCGCUGGCACUGGACAGUAGGUUACAGGAAGGUGCCCUGAAUCCUUACAACCUUUUUAGACUUUAAAGUGGGCUUCCAUUCUGAAAAGUGACCAUGUAAAAAAUGGUUCCUUCCUACUCAACUAAUCAGCUCCCUGGGUUUGACUGACCCUCACCCUGCUACACACUGCUAUUCUGAUCUGGUGUAAAUGACUGCCCAAGGUGCGGGGCAAUGAUGAAUUUCUUUUCCCCCCACCGCCCAUUGCAUAUGCAGUUGUAUCUUGUUUUGCAGCUCCUAUUAGACCUGCAAAGCCAGUACUGCUGCAGGAGAGUGAGCUGAACUGUACUCUGGCUUAUGCAUCGCUGACAGCAACGUUAAUCUGACCUCCAUUACACCACCACCUGUGCAACUCCAUUGAUGAUGAUGGGGAUACAGAGGGAUAGUUCAGGGCAGAAUUUUAUUUUGCACUAGCCAGGUUUCAUAAUUCAUGAGCCAAAUGGAACCAGCUUGCCUUUCAGAUCCCAGGGUGAGUGCGUGUAGCUUUCAGUUAAGGGAGCAGGGGCAAGGUCAACUCCUCUACCUCCGGUGGAGUUGGACUGAAUAUAAAUGGGGGUACAACAAACCUUUUUUUAAAAUCUUUUAAACUGAGUGUAUUUGAUCGAGAAAUCCAAAUCAACACAACAAACCUGGAUCUCCAGAGUGUCAUUUGUAGAAAUUUUUCUCAGAGCAGAGGCACACUUUAAGGUAACAGUCUUAAGUUAAAAGUAUUAAUAGUCAACUUAUUGUGGACUGAACACUGGGGAUGCUACCAGGUUGCUGAUGGCUGCCUGCCAGGAACAGCUGAGUGUUUUGUCAAACUUUUCCACAUUGUUUGUUUGUUUUUGAGUGGUAGAAAAGCGAUUCAUGUGUAGUUUAAUGAUAUAUUUAUAGCAUGUGUUAAUCCUGCCUACUCCAUGACCUUUUGUA